UCUUCAGCAAGGUGAAGGGAGGACUUCCCACACUUUUGCAGUUCUGGAGGGAUUACAUAAAGUCCUUCGGUGGAGAGAUUGUAUGUACUCCAGAGAAAGACAAGGACAUGGUGCAAGACCUGCUGGACUUCAAGGAUAAGAUGGACAAUGUUGCACAGAGCUGCUUUACACGGAAUGAGGGAUUCAUCAACGCCAUGAAGGAGGCCUUUGAGGCCUUUAUCAACAAGAGGCCCAACAAACCUGCUGAACUUAUUGCUAAAUAUGUGGAUUCUAAGUUAAGAGCGGGGAACAAGGAGGCUACAGAAGAGGAGCUGGAGAGAAUCCUCGAUAAGAUAAUGAUAAUCUUCCGUUUCAUACACGGAAAAGAUGUGUUCGAAGCUUUUUAUAAGAAGGACUUGGCCAAGCGUCUGCUGGUUGGCAAGAGCGCUUCUGUUGACGCUGAAAAGUCCAUGCUCUCCAAGCUCAAACAUGAAUGCGGUGCAGCAUUCACCAGUAAGCUAGAGGGGAUGUUCAAGGACAUGGAACUGUCCAAAGACAUCAUGAUCCAGUUCAAACAGUAUAUGCAGAACCAGAGCGAGCCAAGCAAUAUAGAACUUACUGUCAACAUCCUCACUAUGGGCCACUGGCCUUCAUAUACACCCAUGGAGGUGCACUUGCCUCCAGAGAUGGUAAAACUCCAGGAGGUGUUCAAGCUGUUCUACCUGGGGAAGCACAGUGGGAGGAAGCUGCAAUGGCAGCCCACUCUGGGCCACGCUGUACUUAAGGCAGAGUUUAAAGAGGGUAAGAAGGAGGUGCAGGUCUCGCUGUUCCAGACGCUGGUGCUGUUGAUGUUCAAUGAGGGAGAGGAAUUCAGCGUGGAGGAGAUUCGCACUGCCACUGGCAUAGAGGAGGGAGAGCUCAGGCGUACCCUGCAGUCCCUGGCCUGCGGAAAAGCGCGCGUCCUCAACAAGAACCCCCGAGGGAAAGACGUGGAAGAUGGAGACCGCUUCAAUUUCAACAAUGAUUUUAAACACAAACUGUUCCGAAUCAAGAUCAACCAGAUCCAGAUGAAGGAAACGGUAGAGGAGCAGGUGAGCACCACAGAGCGUGUGUUUCAAGACAGGCAGUAUCAGAUCGAUGCAGCUGUGGUGCGCAUCAUGAAGAUGAGGAAGACUCUUAGUCACAACCUACUCGUAUCAGAGCUUUACAACCAGCUGAAGUUCCCUGUAAAGCCGGGCGAUCUGAAGAAGCGGAUUGAGUCACUCAUAGACAGAGACUACAUGGAACGGGACAAGGAGACUCCAAACCAGUACCACUAUGUUGCCUGAUGGGAUACCACUGUUGCUGCCAUGCUAUCCUCACAGCAAGCACACAGCUGGCCCCCCA